CUGGAGAAAUCAAGAGCUCAUAGAAUCUUAUGGCUUCUAGAAGAAUUAGAACUUGAGUAUGAACUAAAGCUUUAUCAUAGAGAUCCUGCCACAGGCCUUGCUCCCAAGGAGUUGAGCGAUAUUCAUCCACUAGGUAAAAGUCCCCUGCUGGAACUAGAUUAUCGGGAUGGUAAGGAGACCAAGAAGAUUGCUGAAAGUGGUCUAAUUAUCACCUAUCUCAUCAGACAUUUCGAUACAGAUGGUAAACUAAAACCAAUCAAUGAAGAAGAUGAAGAGGAGGCUGAAUAUUACCUACAUUUUUCGGAGGGUACCUUGCAACCACUUUUAACAUAUACUCUGUUACACGAAAUUGCAUAUUCAAGAACUAGAGAAUCAGCCAAACCUGCAAUUGAUACAUUUCUUGACAGGGUGGAUGGAUCAUAUACCACCCCUAAUUUGUCUAAAGCUUUUGAUUCAUUGGAGCAGAAAUUGAAAAAGAGAUGUGAGGAACUUGAAUAUACUUCGAGUUCCAAAGAAAUCUUCUUUGUUGGCCAUAAACUGAGUGCUGCAGAUAUCAUACUUGAAUUCAACGCUAGUCUUGCCUUCCGUGAUCCAGAACUAAUCAAACCAAUACAUAGAAGCAAAUAUGUCUAUCUUUCCAAAUGGUUAUCACAGAUUAAACAGAGACCGGCAUUUGUGAGAUCAGUUGACAAGAUCCAAAAAAUGGGGAACGAUGAGUACACUAUUUAUUAUUAA